AUAUACUGUCAAGUGGAGUGACUUGGAGUGUAUUUUGUGGGCGAAACGCUGUUUCACAAGCGGGUAACGGCAGCGAAUUAAUGAAACGAAAAAGCCAAAGGAGACGCGUGGACUUCAGCAGAUGAGGCACAUACACGGAAACACAGACAAGUGGAAAAAGAAUGUCAUGACGUGAAGGGCAUUUGCACAAAUGCUGGUGGGAAUGAAAGCUCAAUUCGUCAAGUAUAUAUAUAUAUUAUAGGUGGCUCUUAAAACAGGCUACAAAGAGAUCAUUUGGGAGGGGGAACGCAUAUAAAGUACACAUAAUAAAUCUCAAUCUACGUUUUGGUUCAGAACAGCCUGAAACAUUGACGGGGACUGUUGUAACUCUGCGACUAUUGGACACGAAGCAAGGUACAGCUUUUUGAGACAGUUGUCAGAAUCAGUAUUGCGAGCACAGGACCAUAAGGUGGAGUCACCGUCCAUUACUGAGCUCCAGGUGAGUUGGAGAUGUUGCCUUCGAGCGGACAGCGAGGGCUGUGCAAGAUGAUCAACGGUGCAGCUCCCUCCAGGCUGGCGGAGAGUAGCCCGAAGCGCGAGUCAAGCCCCGAGGCCUCGAAUUUCCCGAAGAAGCCCAGACUCUUCGCCGAGAGCUACGAGGAGAAACUGGAGCGGAGGCAACAGAACCGGCGGGGCCUGGGCGGGCGAAACAACAUCACCAGCUGCCGCAGCCUGCCCCGGCAGCAGCGGACCACCGAGCAGAGUCACAGGCAGGAGCAGUUCUUGAAACGAAGAAACUUAACCGUGGGCAAAGAGGAAACGAAGCCAAAGAUGCCCAGCGAGCCAACGCCCCCCUGCGUGGGGAACAGAGAGGUAGCGACAGAGAGGCAGGAUGUGGGCCCGGACCCAGCGAAACAGAAGCCAACCGCAGCUGUUCAAACGUCGUUGCAGAACGGGAGCCUGUUCAGCCACACAUCGUUUCACUGGGGACAAAAGGUGACAUGGGCCUUCCCUUCCGAUGCACCACCGCAGAAGAACACAGUCAACCUGAAGACAUCUGACAGCGGUAAAGCGACAGAAGUACCUUCAGAUGUGGGAGUUGAAAUUAAUCGGCCAACGAGCAAGGAAGCAAGCCAGCAGACAGAAUGUGGUGUAACCAUUCUAGACAAGGAGAUUCAACAGCUCUCUGAAUACCUAAAGGAAGCCUUGCAUCGGGAGUUGCAGCUGAAACAGAAACUCAGAUUUCUCCAACAGCUCCUGUCCACGGUCUUACAGGCAUCGGAGAAAUCGUGGAAGAUCCAGUUUGAUGAUGACGUGACACAGAGUAAACUCCAAGCCCUGGAGCAGCAGCUGUACGCCUGCACUCAGAAUUACUCCCGAGACGGUGCGAAGAGAUGCGUGGUUGAGAUGGAAGAGCAAAAGCUCAAGUACCAGCUGGUUGCCAAGGAGUCGCUCCGGAAAGCAAUUGAGCAAAGAAUCGCCGCUGAACAAUCAUUGGCCAGCGUCCAGAGAUCGCUCAGUGCGGCGGAGCAAGAUUGUGCUCACUGGAGACAGUCGUACAAUAUGGCAAUGGCAGACAAUGUUGAACUGACAGCCAGACAUUCAGAGACCGUGGAUCAACUGCACAACCUUCAGAGCAGACUGCAGGGAGCAGAAGGCCGGGUCUUGACGAUGGAAAGUUUACAGGAGAAGUUGAAAGUCGCAGAGAACGAGAAGCUGGAAUUCCAAGAGCAGGUUAGCGUGUUACAGGAACAGAAUGACAUGAAACAGGAGCAACUCAUGACUAUUGAAGUCCACCUCCAAAGGACUGAGGAACAGAGGCUGGCAAUGGAGUCUACAAUCUGUGAGCUACAGGAUGUGGUCAGCUCCCCACUCCACCAGCAACAACAACAGGAACUUCAACAGGCGAUCAGAGACUUGGUGGAUCAGUUGCAAAGGCAAACGGACUUGCUCCGUAGCAAGGAGAAGCAGUGUACCGAACAUCAAUUAGAACUGAGGGUCUUGCAGGAUGAGCACCGUCGAUGUGCAAAGAUGCCCCGUCAGCCGCGAGAAGAGUUAAAGAGGCUUCAGAAGAAAUCUGCCAAGAGGCGAUGCUGCCGAUGGAUAUCUCUCCUGAUGCUGACUAUGGUGGCAGUAUUUUUUGCUGUCAUUUAUGCAGAUCUGGACAUUCUCCUUUCCUAAGGAACUGGAAUGAAAUGCAUUUGGUCACCAGCCAAACCCAUACUUAAGACCGUUAGCACCGAAUGUGCUUCAGAAACAUGUUUUCUAUCAGGUAGCAUUUGCUAAGGCCUACAGCCGGAAUAGGAUUAGACAAGGUGCAGAACAACAGAGGAAGGAUGCUGAUCUGACGAAAACCCACUUUAUACUGCAGGAGAUGAAACACUGUCACUUUCAGCAGUUAUGAGGAGAAGCGGGGAAACAUGUUUUGUAUUUCCCAAAUCCAAUAGCCCCGGUUGACAUUCUGCAGGUACCCAAAGCUCUGCUGAGUGGCUGCAAGAGAUUUCGGGCUAAGACUGGGUUGAAUUUCAGGCUUUGGCACACAUUAUCUGAUGUUCUCUGGUGCUUUUAGAUGUGUUAGAGGGUUAGUAGAUCCCUGGUACUCCAAAAAGCUAUGCGGAUUUCCGCAUGAAUUACGGUCAAUUAAUUGGCUGAACCUUGGCAGCUGAACAUUGUUGGGAGGCAUUAUGUUUUCUUAAACAUGUUACAGAUACACAACUAUUUUAUGAUGAGGUACAAAGUCUUUUGCAAUCAAACCUUUGGAUGAAAAUAUAUAUUAUCAGGUGUUUACCUUGUUUACCUUGUUCAGGUUAAGUUUGUCUACAUACAAUAAAUGAAGCUUCAAUUCUGGAUCAGAGAAAACUUUUGGGAUAAGGGGAGAUAUUUUUGUAAUAGUUUUUUUAAUGGAGUUUUGACUUUUUUAAGAUAAAAGUGAUGUGUUAUAUUGAGCUAUGGAAAACGAAUGCGGCAACUGAAUUUUUGUAUUUUUUUUUAAAUCAAGUGUUAGAAAUAUCAAUAAAACAAUUAAUAUUUCUG